GUGACGCCUGGGCCCAAACAGGCCGGAAGUGACCGGAGUCGCCUCUUCGGGUCAUUCCCGGAAGCGGUGGGGCUCGCCGCGUCCUUGGCCGGGUGGGGCGGGCGGCGCCGGUCUCGAGCGCACCUGACGGACGGUUUCUGCCUCGCCCCCAAGUUACGGGACCUGGACGGCAUGCUGGGCUCCGGGUUCAAGGCUGAGCGCUUGCGCGUUAAUCUCCGUCUCGUCAUUAAUCGUCUGAAAUUGUUGGAGAAAAAGAAAACUGAGUUGGCCCAGAAGGCCCGGAAGGAAAUUGCUGAUUAUCUCUCCGCUGGCAAGGAUGAACGGGCUCGUAUCCGUGUGGAGCACAUUAUUCGGGAGGAUUACCUGGUGGAAGCCAUGGAGAUCUUGGAGUUGUAUUGUGACCUGCUUUUAGCUCGCUUUGGCCUCAUUCAUUCAAUGAAAGAGCUGGACUCUGGCCUGGCAGAAGCAGUGUCUACCCUCAUCUGGGCAGCUCCUCGAUUGCAGUCAGAGGUGGCUGAGCUGAAAAUUGUUGCUGAUCAGCUAUGUGCUAAAUACAGCAAGGAAUAUGGCAAGCUAUGCCGAAGCAACCAGAUUGGAACGGUUAAUGACAGGUUAAUGCAUAAGCUGAACGUAGAAGCACCUCCUAAAAUCCUGGUGGAGAGGUACUUGAUUGAGAUUGCCAAGAACUACAAUGUGCCCUAUGAACCGGAUUCUGUGGUCAUGGCUGAGGCUCCUGCAGGUGUAGAAGCAGACUUGAUCGAUGUAGGAUUUGUGGAUGACAUCAAGAAAGGUGGUGGUGGCGGCAGCGGUGGCUUCAUGGCCCCAUUACCUGGACCCGAAGGAGUCUUGCCCCUGCCGAUGCCGUCUCCAGUUCCUCCUUUCUCCUACCCACGUCCAAAGGGGCCGGAGAGCUUCAAUGGGCUACCCGUGGGUACUUACCAACCAUUCACUGGCCUUCAUCCUCCUCCAAUUCCAGCAAUUCCUCCAACAUAUGAAUCUGUGUAUGAUGAGAAUACUGACAAGGAAGCGCCAUCCUUACAUGUUGUGACUGGUCCACAUGUGAAGCCAGAAGCCAAGGGGCAGCCACCAGUCCCCAUGCCCCGUUCGGGCGAUCGCUUUGUGUUGCCAGAGUUGCCAUCUGUGCCAGAUACACUGCCUGCUGCUUCUGCUGGCACCAGCACAUCUGCCUCAGACGAGAUUGACUUUGAUGAUCUGUCCCGGAGGUUCGAGGAGCUGAAAAAGAAAACUUAAGAGCUGCAUACCCUGUUGCUGUAAUGGGUGCUUUUUCCUCACUUCCUUGUCUUCCUCUUGGCCUUUCUUCUUGCUCUACUUACACCAAAUUGUGCUGCUCUGUGGGUGCUUUGGAGCCCUUCCCAGAUGGGAGCAAGAAGCCAUUCCCCUGUGCUGCCUCGGUGGCCCUAGAUAAUCUCUUCUCAGGGGGGCGGCGUGGAGGUGAUGUGAGUAGCAGCUCCUUUGGAUAAAAGACAGGACAGCAACUGUAGCUGGAUGAGUCUAGACAACUUGGUGGAACAGGGGCACACUCCCCUACCUCCUGGGCAUAUAUACUGUGGAAAGGGCUGCCUUAAGGCCUCUGCUAGCUUGAUGUUGCCUGGUGUGUUCUCAGGGAGCCCUUAGUGCAGUCACUGCUUUUCUCUGGGAGGGAAGCCAGAGCCAAGACUAUCUGAGGGUCCUGCUGAUGCAGCAGCCUGUGUGCGUGAGGUGGGCAGGCGGAGGUACGCUCCUUGAGGCAAACCAGUUGCAGGCUUGGCUCGGAGAGACUGGAAGAGACUGCCUCAGCAGGGUCCAGCAGGCUGGGUAUGGGACCAUUGCUCGGUGGGUGUCACAUCUAGGUUUCCAACCCCCACCUUGUCCAUGUUUGGCCUGUGGGACAAAGCCAUUGAUGGCAGCACCACCACAGCACCAUCUGCUAUGAUGCCCAGAGGAAACUUCUGCUCUCUCAUGAAAUGCCUCUUUAUGUAAUUUGUUCACAUGGCUUUUCUGGGACAAUUUUGAUGGUUCAUGCCUCCUCUGCUCUGAAUAAACUUGAGUGUGAUCUUCA